CUAAUUCCCUUAAAAAUUCAGAUUUCUUUUGACUAUAAAUACUUUUAGUAAAUUCCAAGAACAGUAUAGUUUUGUAUAAACUUUCUUUUAAUCAAAAAACAACCACCAGAGAAAAAAAUGGAAUUUUUUAAAUUUAUUUCCAUUAUAGCCAUUGUUAUGGCAGUUAGUGCCAAAGCCAAUUAUAAUUAUGACACCAAAUAUAUUAAGGAUAUCAAUGAUGUGGUGUUGGUGCAAAAGUCCAGUACUUGUGUAAUUCUGGUGGUUGAUGAUAAAAUCAAAUUUGUUUCAACAGAAGGUGAUGCUCCCAAGGAACUGGCCAAAUGUCGCAAUUCUAUUAAGGGUAAAAAUUUGGAAAUUGUUAAGGCCACAUUUGAACCCCUUUCCACCACUGAUGUUGUAGAGAAAUUAGCUAAAAUUGGCAAAAAACGUGAUACUUUCUUGGUCUAUUUCAAUGCCGUUAGUAAGAGUUCUCUUAAGGGUUCCGUUACUGUUGCAACAAAGAGACCUGUCGGUCUUUUGGGUAAUUUAUUGUCUUCUUUGGGCGUUGAUGUUCAAGAAAAAGGUUUAGUUCCAAUUGUUUUAUCUCUACUGGGCAUUGGCACCAGUGUUACCGAUGUUAAAACUAUCGAAUUUCAACAAUAAUUAACAUUUUUUUAAUGAUUCCUUUUUAAUAGUAAAAAAAUUGCAUUAAUCAAAA